AGUUUAGAGUACAGUAACUAUAUAACCAUACCUCUGAUAUAGUAACUGUAGUUCAGAGUAGAAAUCACUUGGCUUUAUAAAUACUGUACUUUUUCGUUGAUAUAAAUGAAUCGUGACCGGAAAGCAGCAGCUGGCGGUGCUAUGGCUUCAAGAUUAAAAUCAUAAAACAGUUUUCGUUCUUAAUUUAGCAACAUCUCAGUUGAUAGCAUUCAGAAUUUUGUCAGUAACCUGUAAUGACGGACCUACCGGUCCAAGCUCUCGUGCGUUUCAUUAGCUUAUAUUGAAUGUUUCCUCUGAAAAUAAAUUUGAUGGUGCUUUGGAUAAUUGUUUGUAAUCAAUCAGCUACUUAAUCAGUUUUCAGACAUCAAUCUACUCUUGGUGACGUUUCAGCUAAUAAUAGAUUUUUGAUAGCCUUGCUUUGACGCCGUUACCUCAACUCUUGUCUUCAAGAAGCUGCCAACAGAAACUUGUUCAGAGUCGGGCAGUCAUCGGUCCGUACAGUCAUUCCAGUCCCCCGCCGGCCGUGUCAAGAAAUUCUUCAAAAAAGCUUGGAACAAAAUGAGUGGCGGCAGCGUCAUCUCAGAAGAUCCUGAGUAUCCUGAAUUUAUUGAUCCACGUUUGUCGAGCUUACAAAGAUGUGUUCAGCAUGACAGGAUAUGGGAGUAUGGAUGACAGCACUAGAUUGAAUCACUAAAGUUCAUGAUGACAUGAAGAUCUGAGUUCUCAGAGAUGAGAAGAAAACAGUAGAUAUUGUCACUCCCAAACUACUUGCCAACUUAGAGAAGUGUGGUAAAAUUGUGUUUCGAUGGGAAUGAGGACUGAGGAGAUUAAGUCGUUUAUUCUAACUUGAGUUAUACAGUAGUAUUUUUUUUUUAAUUUGUAUAUGAGGUGCUUAUUAACUAGACUAACAUGACAGGUCAAUUGGUUUUGAGCGUGUGACGUGACUCUACUUAUUUCAUGUGUGUGAAAGUGGCUAGAGAAGAGAAACCUGUACUGAGACGUGACGCACAGUGUUCAGCAGGGUUUGAAGAUGAGCAGAGGUGAUUUGAUUCAGUUGGAAGCGUGUCGGAAAUGGGCCUGUGAUGGAAUUUGGGAGUGACAAGUGUCGGAUGGUGACGGGGGAGAGUGAGGGCGCCUCCUCUGAGCUGGAUGUGGCAUGUGCGUCUCGGAAGGAGGCAACAAGAUAGAGGAAGUCGUGGAAGGGGCGGACGUCGGCGCCGACGAUGAAGAGACCACCUACAGGCCAGCGUCGCGACGCCACGGGCGCCGUCGUCCGCGCAGCCUCUACCGGCGUCUGUUCAGUUUUGCCAAGCAGGCCUGGACCGGCGUUAAGUUCGCCUUGGAUAAUGAAUUGGAAGACACAGAGACGCAGCCGAGAUACAGACCCGAUAGCUUGAGAUCUUUAUGCAGAGCGACGAGAUUCACCGAAGCUGAAAUAAAAAGGAUUUACAGAGGGUUCAAGGCUGAGUGCCCAACAGGCGUGGUCAAAGAGGACACAUUCAAAGGAAUCUAUGCACGGUUCUUCCCCCAAGGAGCUAACACCAGUCAAUACGCGCACUAUGUUUUUAAUACAUUGGACCAGGACCGAAGCGGCCUUCUUAGUUUUGAGGAUUUUGUACAUGGACUAUCGAUAUUAUCGCGGGGCUCGUUGGAUGAGAAACUUCGCUGGACAUUCUCGCUGUACGACAUCAACGGCGACGGGCGGAUAACGCGAGAGGAGAUGACUGACAUCGUAAACGCGGUCUACGAUCUCAUGGGAAAGUACACCGAGCCGGGCAUCGAGGAUAAUGCCGUCACCUCCAAGGUCGACUCCAUUUUCCAGAAAAUGGACCGGAAUAACGAUGGUGUAGUGACUUUGGACGAGUUUUUAGAGUGCUGUUUGAAUGAUGAAGAUAUAACUAACUCUAUGGCUGUGUUUGACUCAUCCAUUUGACAAGAGUUUGUGAGGAAUGGGGAUGCGAUCACAUUAGAUUUGAAUGGAUAGAAGCUCUCCAACUCUAUGACAUUGCUUAAGUAUGAUGAAUUUGCCGUACCGUAAUCAAAUUUGAAAUCAAUGCGUGGACAAACAUUGAGAAAAUUGAAUUCCCAAUUGGCUGGACAAUCAACAUAAAAUAAAAUAAUCUAAAUUUAUGGUUCGUCUCAAGUUGACUUCCAAUAUCGGUAUAUUUUGUCGAAUUAAAUGUACGGUAUUUUAAACGUGUAAUGAGUGUAAGUAUGUGUUCAAUAUUAACUUGUUUUUUUAUAAUAGAAUAAUAAUAAAGUUGUCAAAAAAGUAUCAAGCCAAAAUGUAUAGGAUAAUAAAUACGUUUCUUCCAUCCAACAAAUACAUCAAAUUAAACGAAUUUAUAUAUUGUAGUAGCUUACUUAAAUUGCAAGAAAAAGACGGAAAACAUAAAAAGAGAUACAAAAUUGAAGUCUUCAACCAUUGCCCGGGUUCAGAACUGAAUUAUUCAAUUUCCUAGCAAUAUUUAGAGGGAACAAAAAAUUCAAACUACUAUGAUUCAGUCUUAUGUUACAUCACAGAAUGAUUACGGUAUAAUUGUUGUUCAUAACAGUAUCACAAUCAGGUUUAAUAUAUAUUAAAAAAUACUCCGGGUUUAAUAAAAAUACUCCAUAAUAUUCCUCUCGAUUCAACAAUCUAAAAUGCAGUUUUCGAACAAUAAUGCCGAAUAUUAGGAACAAGAUACUGCUGUGUGUGUUUAUUUUGAUUAUUUCAAUCACAAUUAAUAAUUAGUAGUCCCAUAACAUCAAGUUGCAGGAUUUCAUGCACUGGUAAAUUAUAACAGUUCAAUCAUGAAAUUGGUUGAUGAGAUUCCAUGAUACAAAUUAUCCAAGAACCAUAAAAAAUAAUAUUUCUGACACUGAGAAUCAAAGGUCAACUCCAAAUCGUAUUGCUGUGUAAUGUAGGCAUGAUAAGAAAUAUUCACAGGUUGAUAAGCUGAGAUCAGAGAAUAUAAUAAUUGUUGGAAAAUGCUGGCUAUUUCAAUAAUAUAGGCUAUUUUAAUUUAUAUUAUUAAUCAUAUAUUCGAUUCAAUUCUUCAUCGAUUGAAAUUGAAGUGAAGUAUUUUCUUCCAACUUGAUACUAUUUUCAAAUUAUUGGUUUUUAUUCCAUAACUGUAUCUACUCGUUUAUUAAUAAUUGAAAAAUGAAAAAUAUCAUUAACCACUAAUUUAGACCUCCUCCUUGAAUUUAACCAAGGAUUUAUGUCUAUUGGAAAGAGUAAUGGUUUAUUUAAAGUUCUUGUUCCAAAUCAUGCAGAUCAUAAUCAAUCUUCACUGCCUUUUGUGAGCUGUGAUUAUAUCAAGUUGUCCCAAAUCCUAAUUCUAUUUUACUUAUCACAAUCCAAAUAGAACAACCGAAAUCCACAAUUCGCCGGAAAUCUAAUUCUCAUUAUAAACCAUUCAUAGUUCAUUGGCUCACACUUUUUGUUGAACAAAGCUGAGAUUCUUUUCUAUCAAUUGGUCAAUUGUUUUUCAGUGAAACCUUAUAUAAUUAUCAUCUCAGAAGGAUACUAUUAGAACAUUUUUAACUAUUGAUGAACUACUUAUAUUCAUUAAAUUCCCCAUGGGGUGUAAGGAUAGGGCUCAUGAAGAGUUGAAAUAUCAACUCAAGGCUCAUACUUCAUUCCAAAACAUUUCAAUCUCUUGCCAAUAAUAUACAGAACUACCUAACUAUGAGUUCUUUGUUACCUGUUCCUGUAUAAAUAACCAAUACCGUAUUGCAGUUUAUCAUUGAGAAGCUCAUAUCAUUUUUUGAAACAUAGCCAGAAACCAUAGUGCGGUAGUUCUCCUAAAGUAUUCAAAGAGGAAAGCUGAAUUUAUCAGUCAGAAAAACAAUAUUUUAUAGUACCGUAAGGCUGUGAAUAUUGGAUCUUAGUUGUUGUUAUCCUGCUUAUGAUUAAUUGUGAUUUACUGCCACUAUAGUGAUUAUAGAUAAUAUUUUGUGGGUAUCCCAAAUUUAUUUAUGUGAUAAAAACCUUCCAGUUUGUCCAUCUUUUUAAUGUAUCAAAGCAGCUUGGAAUAUAACACCAAAAUUUUAUCAAAUUAUAUAUUUAGUACUAUAGCAUAGUAUCAAUAAGAUCCAAAUGGAAAAGUAAAACAAUUAGGAGUAAUAGGUAUCGCAGAAACUUGUACAGCUGGAAUUUCAUAGAUAUACUAGUCAGUCUUAGAGAAAUAUAUAAUUGUUCACAUUUAUGUACAUUUUUCUUUUGAGUGUAUAAAAAAUCAGUGUACAUAAGCUAUCAAAACUGCACAAGAUAUGUUUCGUAUAAGUAUUUAUUUGUUAAUUUGUAAAAUAAGCACAUCAUUAAAAUGAUAUUGAGAGUAUUUCUCACAAGUUUGAUGCUACAGAUUCCACCAUUGGGCUAAGUAGGAGGAGAUCUGAAGUUAAACAUCUUCAUUGAUCUUUUAUGAAUGGGAAAUAGAAAUCCAUUCAAGUUUUACAAACUUGGAUUAGGGAAAAAUAGAAGAAUUUCUAAAAAAAUAAUCUGAAAGCUGUCUGCUCUAGACCAAGCAUAUCAUAAAAUAUAGAAGAGAAACAACAAAAUUUGAUUUGUACCGUACGUAAAUAAUGUUAAAUAUAUUUUUAAUUGUGGGUGUACGUCUAUUACUCUAUAUCCUGAACAGUCGAAAUAUAGGAUUGGUGUUGUUCAAUUCUAUUUAACUAUAUAACUGCUUCUUCCAUGAACUUUUUAGAUUAAUGAAAAAAUAAUAACUUACUUACUCAUAAAGAAAUUAUCCAAUUUUGAAUAUAAAACAAGGGAUGCAAGAUGAAUUUAUUUAUUGUUGCUAAAAUAAUACAAUAUAUCGUUCUCUAUGAUAGCUUAUCAGAAUUUCAUUCCAUCACGGGAAAUAUCAAAUAUUGCGGAUUAUAAACCGGGUUUUGGCACUAUACUUGUGUGUAUUGUGUACAAUAUUACUAAUAUCAUUAAAAAUAUUCCUGAAUAUAUUGCAAUAUUCUUGGACUGGAUUUCAAAAGUGUACGGUACUCAAUAAAGUGUCUCAAUCACAUCAUGUCAGUUCUUAUGUCUUUAAAAAUGGGGAUUCUUUGAUUUGAAUUUCAUUCACUGUUUGAUUAAUUGAAUAUUUCAGUGUGUACUGAUUGUGUACCUUUUCAUUACUCAUAUAUUAACUUUCUGUGUUGCUGUGAAUGUGUGUGGUAGAUAUCCCAUUAUUGAAAUAAAUCGACGUCAACUUGGUCAAAACCACUAACUACGGUAUUUAAAAUUGCGGCUUUACACCAUCAGUAACUCUAGUUAGGUACUAUGUAGUAAACUUGGAACUUUAGUUUACUAAAAAUUGGUGAUGUUUCAAUAAACGAAACCAGUAUCUCCAAUUGUUUCAAUAAAUCAGUAGUUGCUGAUAACUUCAAAUCUUUACCAUUCAAUACUUAUUUAUCAUACUGUAUAUUACAUGAACUAUCAAUAGAUAUUGAAUUGAAUAAUGGUAGAUCGUAGCAUAAAUAUCAAUUUAUGCAUGAUGUGAUUGAGAAAUUCAUAGUUGAACGGAUUUUUCAUAGAAGAAUUAAUAAUUAAUCAGACCUAUAUUAUGAAUUUUUCAUAUUCAAGGAUUUGAAAAUUAGAUGUGGUAAAAUUUUCUACAAAAGCGCAUAAGUCCAUCAAUUCCAAAAGAUUAUCAUAAAAAACCUUAAUCUGAUCUGCAGAACACAAACGUGUGAAGUAUUUGUUGAGCAAUUCUGCAGAAAAUGUAUUUUUUCGGGCUCAUAUUGUCCAAUCGACGCAUCAAUUUGUCAAAAGCAUCAUGAAUCUAGAUAUACUUGCAACUUACUACCCAUUGAUAUUAGAGAUAGGCAUAGCAAAAAAUGUAUUCCAUGUUUUAUAAGGACCAUUUCAAUUCAAUAAAAUAAGUGUAAGUGAAUACCCUUCGUCAUUUCAACUUACAUUUCAAAUUGUACGUACCAAUUACUAUUAGAAAACUGUGUAUGUAUUGCAUGUCGGGUAAUCGAAAAUAGUUAGUUGAAAUGCCAUUAAGGUGAUGGAUGUUAUCUAUUUAAGAUAUUUGUCUAGAAAUACUACCGGUCAUUUUAGGAUUACAUGAAUCGGAUUUGUAUUUAAGAAAGAAAAGUUUAUAAGAUGUUUUGUAACAUAUUUUCAUAGAAUUACAUAUGUACAUACUAUAAUGACUAUUGUAACCACAAUAUUAUUAGAAAUCGGAUGAAUAUAUUUAUAGAUGUUUAUUGUUAAAGUUGCGUGGUGAUAUGUUUCUCUUGUUACGUGUUGGAUGUUUAAUCUGGUCUAUAAAUCGUUGUUAGGUCGAAUAGUUUAUUUAUUGAUCAUAAUUUACUAUAGACGUUAGCUAUUAUUAUUGGUGAACAUUGUACUGUAUCGUUAGCUUACUAGUUGGUAAGUCCAACAUUGUAUGUGCUAAAUGAAUGUUUGAUGCCUAAAUUGAAUUAUCAAUAUGUUUGAGAUGUGUAUGUUCAACCGGAUCAAAGAUAACUGUUGAAACCCUAUUGUUAUGCUGGUUUCAUUUCAACCCUCACAAGGACUAAUUAUUUGAAACUCAGAUUUAUCAUACAAAAAUAGAGUUAUCUGGUUAUCAGAUGAGUAGAAAUUGAAUAAAACCUGAUUGAAUGUCUUGAUCAGUCUGUUGUGAACUGAUAAAUUCUUGCAAGCUUUCAACGUAGUCAUGUAAUAUUACUGACUAUUUUCAUGAGAGAAAAUUAUUUAGAAAACUGGCCUAUGGUAAAUGAAAAAUAGGCCCACCUAGAUCGUUAAGCUCCAAGCUAUCAUUAGGAUGCAAUUAAAGUCACCCUACUUACCUACGAUUUGUCUCCGACACAACAUUAAACACACUCUCUAAGUAUCAAACUCAUGAAACUCCUGUAGGCUACGAUAUGGAAUUAAUUGUAUUAUACCUCUUAUAUGGGAUGUAUCAUGACAGUUUGAUAUAAUACAUCAAGCGUAGCGUAAGCCUAUCAUAAAGGAUAUUGACAUUCUUGAAAAUAAUGCUCUUUUUAUAGUAAAUUAGGUGAAUAGUCUGAUCGGAUUGAGCAAAAAUUAGAAAACGAAAUUAGAUAGCCAAAUACUGAAAGAAUUUAUUAGUUUGUUAAUGCAGCUUCAGUAUCUUUUGAAAGAAGGUUCAAUAAAAAAUGGGAAUGUAAUUCACCAAAGGAGAUAUCCAAAUUUGAAUAAAUAGGUGGAAAAUAUUGGAGUUAAAACUGUUGUCAAAAAGUUUUUAGGGAUUCCUAAUAGAGAUAUAAUUCUUUAUUCUAGAAGUAGGCCUACCGUAUAUACAAUAGAUAUUCCCAUGAGUCUAGAAAAUCUACAGACAUUGGAUAGUAAAAUGCUUCUUACUCUAUAUGAACCUCAACAAAUAUGAAUAUGUUCGAACAUUUACUUUCCGGAGAACCUCAGCCUCUUUGGCUCAUGAGUUCGGUGAGAUUGAGUGGUUCCAGACUAUUUCACGCAAAUUUUAUAAGAAAGGAAUAAAUGAAUAAAUCUUCCUUGUUGUCUAGUUGAAACUAUUUUAUUCGAAUUCCAUCUUUUGAUGAUCCAUCUCUAUCAUUAUAAGUAUCAAUGGAUUUGAUUCUCCAAUGAUAGGGUGUGUCAUGAAGAGUAGUUUUGAGGCGAGCUCGACUCUCCUUCUGAUUUUUCAACGUUUUAUUGAACUCA